AUGGCUCACGGGAAAGUCAUCGAGGUGGACAAUCCUGUCAUCUUCAAGGCCUUGACCUCCUCAGGCCCCGUCGUCGUUGACUUCUUCGCCACUUGGUGCGGUCCCUGCAAGGCCGUCGCCCCCACCGUGGGCAAGCUCAGUGAAACCUACAGCAACGUGCGCUUCCUCCAGGUUGAUGUCGACAAGGCCGGUUCAAUUGCGCAGCAAUUGGGUGUGCGCGCUAUGCCGACGUUCGUGUUGUUCAAGGAUGGAAAGGAGUUGGAGAAACGCGUUGUUGGCGGGAACGUGAAGGAGUUGGAGGAGGCGAUUAAGUCGAUUUCUUAA